AUGCAACAGCGCAUUGACUUUUCAGGCAAGCAAGCUGGAGCAGCACGCCUGGCACCUGGAGCGCGGGUCGCAGCAGGUGCUGCUUGGGUCGAGCGUGUGGCGCAGGAGUGGCAGGCUCUACUAAGGAGGAGAAUUGCUAGUGGCAGCGGGGAUCACCAAUGGCUGCAGCGACUGCAGGAUGGUGGCGAGGCGAUCAAACAGUAUACCAUCUUCCUGCUUUCUCUCUUCACUCUUCACCAUCUUCCUGCUUUCUCUCUUCACUCUUCACCAUCUUCCUGCUUUCUCUGUUCUCUCUUCACUAUCUUCCUGCUUUCUCUGUUCUCUCUUCACCAUCUUCCUGCUUUCUCUCUUCACUCUUCACCAUCUUCCUGCUUUCUCUGUUCUCUCUUCACCAUCUUCCUGCUUUCUCUCUUCACUCUUCACCAUCUUCCUGCUUUGUCUGUUCUCUCUUCACCAUCUUCCUGCUUUCUCUCUUCUCUCUUCACCAUCUUCCUGCUUUCUCUCUUCACUCUUCACCACCUUCCUGCUUUCUCUGUUCUCUCUUCACCAUCUUCCUGCUUUCUCUCUUCACUCUUCACCAUCUUCCUGCUUUCUGUUCCGUUAUCUCAUGUCUACCAUCCUCCCAUGGCGCCCAUGAGUCUUUGCAGCUGUGUUGCCAUGUUUUCAUGCCACACUUCUCAGUUCUCAAACCCCUUCUCUCCUGUCCCCGUCUGUCCUCUGCAGCGACCGGUGCGGAAAUGGAGGGGUGAGAUGAUGGCCAGGCCAGCACACAAGGAGACGGAGAGCAAUGGCAGCACGUGGAUGCCUCAAGUGAAGGCGUGGCGCAAAACUGGGAGAGCAGCGGACAGAUCAUGCCUCCAAGCUCCGGAGUGUGGCGGAUUGCUCGUGGUGCAGCUGUGGGAGAGCAACGGACGGAGCAUGGCUCCAAGCCGUGCAGUGCGGUGUGCUUUGUCCACAUCUGUGGUGGAAGCAGUGGUAGCAACAUCGGUGCUGUGUAUUCUACAUGCUUCUAAGUGGCUCUCUGUUCUCUCUGUUCGCUCGCGUCCGCUUUCUUCCAUGUCCCGUUGCUGUCCCGUCGGCAUCUCAGAGGUGGCUCUUCUGUGUCCGGUACCGCAGUGCGGCAAUGGGGGUGAAUGUGAGAGCAAGCAGCACAGGAGGGUCGUUCGGUCGUUAGCGUCGUCGUCUGAUUCCGAGUCGUGGACGACGGUUGUCGGCGGAGCAAGCGACGGCGACGCAGCUAGUGCGACACGUGCGACAACUGCGACGGGUUCGGCGGCGAGCGGCGGCCAGGAGCAGGCUUUGUCGCAGGAUGGAUCGCACGCGCAAGUCAAGGCGGUGGGGGGGGGAGCGGGAGUGAAUGGUCAGGUGGAGGGGUUUAGAACGGUGGAUGGAGGUUCGGAGGGGGGAGAGGAGGACGACGAGGAGGAAUGGGAAGAGGAGGAGGAUGAGGAGGAGGAGGAUGAGGAGGAGGGAGAGGAGGAGGAGGAGGAGGGAUGGGAGGAGGAGGAAGAAGAGGAGGAGGAGAGUGAGGAAGAGAGGAGGGAGAGGAGGCAGCAGUCGGAGCAGUGGCUGCUGAAUUUCGACAAGCUCGGAUCCACAGUGCCGGUUUCCGCGCUGGACGCGCAGCAGCUGCGCCUGUACUUCGCGGAGUCGCUGGCGCGCAGCAGCCGUGCGGGCGCGGGGGAGGAGGUGGAGGCGCGCAUGGCGGAGAUGCGCCGCCUGGGUCUCCGGGCGGGCGCGCGCGCGCACCACGCCGCAGUGGUCGUGCACACGUCCAAGGGGGACCUCUUUGAAGCGCGUCGUGCCCUGCGGCGCAUGCUGAACAGCGGCGUGUUUCCGCUGUACGAGACGCUGGUGGCGGUGCUGCGGCUGACGCCGGGCGUUACAGCGCAUGUUGAACAGCGGCAUGUUUCCGCUGUACGAGAGGCUGGUGGCAGUGCUGCGACUGAGUUUAAACUCAUAAACAUAUCCCCCUUUCCCACCGUCACCCUCCUCUCCCCUUACCGCCUGUUCCCCUCUUAUCAGCGCCGGGCGUUACAGCGCAUGUUGAACAGCGGCGUGUUUCCGCUGUACGAGACGCUGCGCCGCGCCAUGCGCCGCAUGUUAAACAGCGGCGUGUUCCCGCUGUACGAGACGCUGGUGGCGGUGCUGCGGCUGAGCGGGCGGAGGGGGCAGGUGGCGGAGGGGGAGGGCAUCCUCGCGCUCAUGGGGGAACUGCAGCUCAAUCAGCGGGCGGCGUGGGUCGUCCUUAUCGAACGCCCUCCCAUCCCCACUCCGCCGUCCCCCACCCCUGUUCCUCCAGAGGAGCUAUUUGCAUCGGGCAGUCAUGCGGAGGGCAAGGCGCUGCUUCUAAGAGGAGUGGAGGACGGGAUGUGGCCCACAGCAGGCCUCAUAGACACGGUGGUGGAGAGCAGCUGCCGGGAGGGAAGGCAUGCGGACGCACAUGACGUGAUGAACGCUCUGGAGCAGCGCGGAUGGACGCCUGCCACGUUCCACCAUAACUGCGUGCUCAUGAGCAUGGGUGGGGGGAGAGUGGGGGGAGGUGGGGGUUUCCACCAUAACUGCGUGCUCAUGAGCAUGAGCAAGGCGGGCGUGCCGGACGUUGCGAUGCAGAAGCUGGAAGUUAUGGUGGAGGAGCAACGCUCCACCCCUCAAACCCCUUUCAACCCCUUCCUUCCCCCCUCCCACCCCUUGUCAACUAUCACUUCGGCUCCCCCUCCUCCCCUCCCACCAGAGCAAGGCGGGCGUGCCGGACGUUGCGUGCAGAAGCUGGAGGCCAUGGUGGAGGAGCAACGCGGUGACUGGGAGGGCUGGGGUUGUGGGCGGGCCGCGAGGGAUGUUGCGGAUGGCGGGGAGGGGGGGUGGGGUUAUGCGUGGGCACAUAAGGCGGGCGAGUUGGACAUUGCAGUGCAGAAGCUGGAAGCCAUGGUGGCGGAGCAACGUGGUGAGUGGCAGGAGUGGGGAAGGAGGAGUGAGGGCAGGAGGGUGGAGGGGCUGAAGGAGAGUCGCAGGGAGGGCAAGCCUGACGUGCACUCCUACAACUGGGUGCUUGAGGCUUUCGCCGCACAUCCCCAGGAGAGGUACGAGGACACGUUGGAGUUCAUAGGGCGCAUGGUGGAGGACAGCACAGUGCACCCCAACAGCAAGACCUACGCUCUGCUGAUCGAGAUAUUCUGCAAGGACUGGAACUUCUUAUCAGAGGCAGUGCGGCACUUCCGGGCCCUGCAGCGCCUGCCAGGCCAGAUGCCCUGCCUCGACGUGCAGAGGGGCGACCGCUACCACGCCACUGCUCUCUUCCUCAGAGCGCUCUGCCGAGCAGGUCUGGUGCAGGAGAUGCAGGAGGUGCUGCAGGCGAUGGUGCGAGACAGAGUGAGGCUGCCAGAGUCGGCACUGCUGGUGGACAAGCGCACCCGGCGCACACUGGUUUCGGCAUGGAUGCAGCCGUGCGACAUGGAACCCGACUAUGGGCAGCCCACUGAUUACAUUCAAAGGGCUGCGGACGAGUCGGACAACUGGAGUGUGGAGAGGAGGGAGAAGAGGGACAUGGAGCGCCACGGGGGGUGGUGGCGGGUCAAGAUGGAGACGGACGAGCUGCCGGGCUUCUGGCUGCCGCCGCCCACGGUGUCGUUCGAGGAGAGCCUUGUGCGCCGCUUUAGGGCCUACCGCAAACAUCUCUACUACACACUCAUGUGGCGGGGAGUGGCAGCACGGCCGGCGGACCUAGGGGGAGUGGCAGCAUGGCCGGCAGAACUGGGAGUGAGCAAGGAGGAGGCGGUAGAAGUGGCGGAGUGGCUGGAAAUGGAGCUACAAAUCCAGGGCCCCACAGGGGCGGGCGCAGGCACUCCCAUGGGUGGAGGCGGAUCCGCCCUACUCCCAGCCGCAUCUGCUGCUGCCGGUGCUUCUUCUAGUGGUGAUGCAGGCACUGCUGUUAGCACUGCCACGACCAGCACCAGUGCUGCUGGUUCUUGGGGCCUAACCGGGGGCUUGACGGGGGGCCUGACGGGGGGGUUGAUGGGGGCGAGGGGGGGAGCAAGGGCGCCCAAGGCGGCGAGCAAGAUGGUGGUGGGGGAGCUGCGGCAGGAGCUGGCGGGGCAGGGGCUGCCCACCGAUGGCAACCGUGCCGUGCUGUAUGCUCGAGUGCAGCGCGCGAGAAGGCUAAACAAGGCGCUGGGGAAACCGCUGUGGACGCCGCAGACCCGAGAGCCCGUCAUGCAGGCGAGUGCCCGAGUGGAGUAUCUCCUGGAGCACCUGACUCUAGACGGCACAGCGCUGUCAUGGCCGCAGGUGAUAGAGAUGACUGAGACUCCUUUUCUCCUUGCCUUUCCCUGUAACCCCCUUGUCUUACAGGCGAGCGCAAGAGUGGAGUAUCUGCUGGAGCACCUGACCCUGGACGGCUCAGCGGCGUCGUGGCCGCAGGUGAUCGAGAUGAUGCGGGAGAGCGAGCGGCGGGCGAGUGAGGCGCAGCAGCAGCGCGAGCAGGACGAGCGGCAGCGGGAAGCAGACGAGAAGCAGCGGGCGGCGGACGAGCGGCAGCGCGUGGAAGACAAGCGGAUCCGGGCGGCACUGUCCGGCGGGGAGGAAGAGGAGGAGGAGGAGGAGGAGGAAGAGGAAGAGGAGGAAGAUGAGGAAGAAGAUGAGGAUGAUGAAGAUGAGGAGGAAGAGGAGGAGGAGGAGGAAUUAGAAGUUGACGAUGUGAUAGAUGAUGAGGAGGAUGAGGACGAAGAGGAGGAGGGGGCGGUGGGGGAAGAGGACGAGGCGGUGGACGAGGAGGAGGUGGCGCCGGGGCAGGUGGGCGGCAUGCUGGGCGGCGGAGCAGAGAGGGAGGUGUCGGUGCUGGCAAUGGAGGAGGAGGGCGUGCGGGGCGGCGGUGGGCUGCUCACGUCGCAGCUUGUGGGCGGCAGUGCGGGCGGCGGGGGUGGGAGCGCAGCGGGAAGAGCCAAGGCCAAGUCGUCGGACCUGUAUGAUGAUGAGGACGAGGGGGAGGACCUGUAUGAUGAUGAGGACGAGGGGGAGGUGCAUGCAGCUGCACCAGCCAUCCUGGCGGGAUCAGCAGCGCAGGCAGCAGAGGAGGACGAGGAGAUGCAGGCCCCCUCUGACCACCCCCUUGGACUGGACCUGUAUGAUGAUGAGGACGAGGGGGAGGUGCACGCAGCAGCGCCGGCCAUCCUGGCGGGGUCAGCAGCGCAGGCAGCAGAGGAGGACGAGGAGAUGCAGGCGUUCCGCGCAGAGGAGGACCUCAUACCGCUCUCCACCACUCUGGACGGCAUCUUCACCCUGGAGGAGCGGUGGGGGCACUGGUGGGAGCGGGCGGACAAGGAGCGUGUGGUGCUGCCGUGGAGUGAGAGGAUGGAGCUGGACAGCGCUUGGAGCAUCUUUCAACUGGUGAUUGAGCUGGGUGGCGUGCCAACCCUGGCGGACUGCUGCAUGGUGCUGUGGGCGGCAGUGGACGGCAACGAUUGUCGUAUUAUGCAGGGGGUUGUCGAGAAGUCGCACGCGAUUGGUCACAAGUUCGGCAUGUGA